AAACAAAAAACAAAGCCAAAUCAGCAAGGGGAUGGUGAAGAUCAGAGGUGAAAGAACGGAGGUGAUGGUGGCGAUGGUGGAUCUGCAGAAGGGAGAAAAAUCAAGGUUCUCAUUAUUAGUUGGUAUCAUUUUUUUUCCCCCUUAUCUUAACCUCACAGGGGUGAUUAUUAUGGAGACAGUGAUGGUUAGAUUGUAAAUCUCAGAUGGAACUUCCUGAUCUUUUUUGGCCCAUUAAUUUCAUGCUCUCACUGACACCUUUUGUCUCUGCAGGGUUGAGCAGGGAAGAUCUUAUCUCUGGACUCUUACUUCCACAGCAACAAUCUGCAAUCCCCUGCCCUAGUACUUCCUGUUCUCUGUAUCAACAGCCAGUUGUUACGGCUGGUAAUCUGCAGUUUCCUGAUGGUUUACAAACAGAAGUUGAUGUUUUGAAUGAAGAUUUUGAUACAGAAAUUUUGUCUCAGUGCCCUUCUGAUAAAGUUGGAUGUGUUCCCAGUGACAAAUCUGGGCUGGAACCUUCGGUUACUUCUCCCAAAGAUUGCUUAGGACCAACAAUCUCGGCCAUUAAUGCUGACCCUGCUCUAUCACUGGCAAGAAUCCAGAGAUCAAAGUCAAGGCAAAGGGCUCUAGAGCUUCGCAGUGGUGCAAAAGCAGCUAAAAGCAGUUCAAUUUCUAAGAGUGUUGGUGCUUGCAACAGUCAAGUCAUAGGGUCCAAGGUCACAUAUUCGCAGUUUGGGAUGGAAGAGGUGGUGUUGGACAAAGCUGUUGAUAGAGAUAUCAGAAAUUGUGCAGUUGAUAAGGAAAACAUUGGUCCAUGCCAAAGCAAUGAGAACUAUAGAUCAGUUGAAGUAACUUCCUUUGAUGACAGGCAAAAUUCCAACUUUCCACCGGAGGUGCAGUUGCUAAUUGAAGGAGAGGGUCUUACCAAAGAAGGAGAAUUGAAACGUGUAUUUGAAGCUGAUAAGGAGGAGACAUGUAGAUCAGGCAGGACUUCAAAUUCUAAAGUUGUGUCCUCAAUGAAAUAUAGCUCUGGGGUUUAUAUAGACAGGGACAGCAGUGCUCGUGAAGAAAGCAAUAAAAUUUCUGAACAAAAUUUUUCUCUGAUAUAUCAUUCACCCCACAGUCAAGUUGCUCAUGAAAAUUUUCCUAGGAACCUACUAAAGGGUGCAUUAGGAUCUAAGUUAUCCAACUUAGAUACUAAUAGAGAGAUUGAUUCUCCCCAGCAAAGGGUCUCUGAGCAGCUUGAGGUGGAAAAACCAACAGAGUUAGUUCCUGUAACAGAUCAUUUCGAUACAAAUAUCUUUGGAGAUCAUGAAAUAUCAGUGGCUGCUAAUUUUGCUGGAGUUAGUGGUCCUGCUCUAGUAAAGAAUGCAGAUGAAACUCCUACAGGUUCUGCAAUUGGACAUCCUUGCACUAUUUCAACUUAUGAAACAAAGGGUAAUAGUGAGCAACAGAAAAUAAAAUCAGGUACCUGUCAUAUUCAGCAUGCAGUCUUCUACUCAAUGGGGAGAUGUGGAGGCGGUGAAAAGGAUAUAUCUAUAGUUCCUGUAGAAUCAAAUUCAACUGGAAAUCUGAUUCCAAAGAAAUCCAUGCAGCCAGGUAGAAGUUCUAGCUUCCAUAUGGAGGGUUCAUCAUUCCAUAAGCGGAGAAAGAUUGAGAGCCAACUGACAAGCCCACUAUCUGCUUCAUUAAGCUUGAAGGAUCAAGGUAUGGAAUCAAAUGAUAAAGAUCAGAAUGCAGUGUGUGGAUCUAUCUCUUCGUCUCAGUUGCAAGUCGAUGAGGGUAAAUUUAGCUUAGAAGAGAAGGAAACCAAGGCAGAAUCUCACUUAGGUUUUAUUGAUGAAGGAUUGCUUUCAGUUUUAUGUUCAUCCAAGGAGGCUCCUGCAGAUUCUCAAGCUUGUUUCUUGGAGGAAACAGGGGUGGGAGAUCGAACCAGCAUUACCUCUGGUUCAAGCAGGCAACUUGAAAUAGAAGAGAAUCAAAUUUUAUUAGAAGCUGAAGCUAAACUUGGACGGGGAGACACAGAACACUUGAUUUGUGUUGAAGGAAGCCUGCUAGAAAGUUUGUUUCAUCUGGGAGAAACUGGUGCAUUUCCAAAUUAUUCUAUUGAUUUUCAACAUAGACAACCUAUAGAGUUGCUUAGUGCUGAUCAGACCAGGCCUGAAUUUGAGGGUUUCAUUAUGCAAACAGAUAAUGAACAGGCACUGAAUGCUGGAGAAGGAAUUAGCAUUGACCGAUUAGAGCUUCCGAAAACAUCAAUAGAACAUGCCAGCCUUUUGGAGCAACUUUGCAGGUCUGCUUGCUUCCAAACCCCAUUUUCAACUUUUCCAACCACGUGUAAAAUACAGAAAUCACCAAGUGUGCAUCAGUCUGUUCCAAAUGGACUUCUGGAGUGCAUGUGCAUGGAGAACGUCCUUCCUAUCAAUUCUGAUACUAGCCAGCCUAAGGUUAGCACUAGUUCCUUUGGUGAGGAAGUCAGCCAUGCCUUACAUGGGAAGUCGUUCCCCAUUUCUAGAUCUCAGCAAAGCUGGGAUAGCAAGAAGCCUUACACAUCUCCAGUAGGCAAGCUGUUGGAUAGAAUCACAUCAUACUCUGGCAGUUCAGAGAAGAGAGGAAGUACAAUUCCAGAGCUUCCAUGCAUUACUGAAGAAAAUGAAAAUAUAGAUGAAGUGGCUGAUGCUUUUGAUGAUGGGAAUGGUUCUGAAGCUGUGACUCGCUCCAAAAAGAGAAAACCACUUACCGAGAUUAAAGAAGAUCCAAAUGUGCCUUUGUUAAUUUCUGAAGCUGAGUUAUUUAGUUCUAGAAACAGUCUGGAAUCUGUAAGUAAUGAUUACAGUGUCAAUUGCACUAAGAACAGUGUCAAGCAGAAGGCUGCGAUCCGUAAGACAAGUAAGAGAAGAGAUACAGAUAGGUUGAAUGAGAGUCAAAGUAUACCGGGAGGGGAAAAUGGUAGCAAGAGGGCAAGUGAAUCAGUUUGCAACAGAUUCAAUAAGUCGAAACUAUCUGGAAAAGAGAGUCUGAGAAGAGGUGGUCCUAGUUUCUUAGAAAAGGAGUCCAGGAUCAACAAUAUAGUCACAAAUACAUCUUCCUUCGUUGCUGUUCUUCAGCAAAAACAGGCAGUUGCAGUUGUUAAAGGGAAGAGGGAUGUUAAAGUGAAGGCCCUGGAGGCUGCUGAAGCAGCAAAGCUAGAAGAAGGAAAAGGAAACAAUAACCUGAUUGCCAAUACAAUACAAGAAGAGUCAUAUGAUAUUUCUCCAUACAAAGGUUCAGAUGAUGAAGACGAAGAAGAUGUACCAAACAAAAAGUUUAUCCCUUCUUGGGCCAGUAAAAAUUAUAUCGCUUCAAUCAUUGCAUCCCAGAAAAAUUUGGAUGCAGAAGUGGUCUUCCCCCCAGACAGCUUUUGCAGCAUAGAUGAAGUUCUCUUGCCUAGAAGGCAUCAGUUAAGAAGAGGGGUUGUGAAUUAAAACUGAAUGGCACAGUUUUAGAAUCCCCAUUACAAUCGUCAGCCAGCCCACGUGAGAGCUUCUGCAUGAAUAAGAAGGACAUAAUUUUCUUAGUGAUCAAGAGACUAGAAAAUGCAGUUCUUUUAUGUGCUGAAUAUUAAAGAACUCUCUGGCAAAGUAGGUGAUUCUUUUUGAUACUAUGUAGCUGAAUAUUAAAGAACUACGGUGAUGUUGUAUAUAUAUCCUUAUUGUAUCAGCGGUAGUUGAAACUGUUUGCAAACUAUUUUGAGUGAAGAAAUUCCAUUGCCAAUGAAUGGUGCUGUUUCUC